CUUUGCCAAAUGAUUUAGAAAAUCAAACUGUAUUAUAGUUGUAUGUAUCAAAAGAGUGCAUAGCCUUGCGAUUGUUUACCUGCUGCCGUGUCAACAUGCACAUUUAUAUUCAGCCUGGUCGGGUUGUUUCACGAGCAAAUUAAUUUAAAAAUGUAAAUAUUUCAAAUUUGUUAUUUUCACCUAAAACUAAUGAUUGGACAUCUUUAUGCAGUGUAUUAUUCCAUACACACACAAACCAAGUUGACCAGAUAACACAAACCUACAACGUCCUGCAGAAAUGUAUACAGCACUCCUAAAAACAUUAAACACAUUUUACAGACAGGCCUCUUGGAUCUGCAGAGGAUAAAGAUAUGCAUGUCAUUUGAAAUCUAACGACCGUUGCUACAAUUAAAAGGUGAAAUCUCUUAAUUAAAUCAGCAUUGCACGCACAUCUUUCCUUGACAAUUAAUAACAUAAAUGUGCUCUGAAAUUGCAAUUGACAAAAGUCUGCCUCAAACAAUUGCAUAUCCUACACAUAUCAUAUAUCAUUUGAUCUUCCCAAAAUGGGAAACAAUAGUCUCCUUGAUAAAACAUCAUAAUCAUCAUAAUAAGUAAAUCAACUGUAUCUUACAGUUGCACUGCUGAUCCCGGUGCUCCGUCUCCCCAUCCUGCACUCCGGCUCUCCGCUUCCACGGGAGCCUCAACUCGCACCUCUCCAACAAAGAGAGUAGUGUUUGUGGAGACUUCCCCGCGGCCAAUCAAUGCGUCGUUACCCCUGGCAACCACGUCCAUCAUCCCUUGACGUCCAAUGAGCUGCGGGGGCGUGGCGGAGUCCAGGUGCGCCUCGGCGUCCACUUGGCAGAGUGCCUGAGAGCCGCCUGUGGGCAGGAGAGGAUCUGUCAAAUGCGAGGUUCCUUUAAUAACAGCGACCAGUCCGGCUCCGAGAGUCAUGGCGACCGCAGCGUCUAACCACUACAACAUCCUCACCUCCAGCGCAUCCAUCGUGCAUUCGGAGCCCGGCAGCAUGCAACAAGCCACGGCGUACCGGGACGCGCAGAGCCUGUUGCAGGGCGACUACCCGCUGCAGAGCAACAACCACACGCUCAGCCACGCGCACCAGUGGAUCACGGCGCUGUCCCACGGAGAGGGAGUCCCGUGGUCCUCCAGCCCGCUCGGCGCGGAACAGGACAUCAAACCCGCGGUGCAGGGCGCCCGGGACGAGAUGCACAACUCCAGCAACAACCUGCAGCACCAGCCGCGGCCGCCGCACCUGGUGCACCAGACGCACGGGAACCACCACGACGGCCGGGCGUGGAGAACCACCACCGCGGCUCACAUUCCGAGCAUGGGCACGACGAACGGCCAAAGCCUUAUUUACUCACAGCCGGGCUUCGGCGUGAACGGGCUGAUCCCGGGCAGCGGGGGGCAGGGGAUGCACCACCACAACCUCAGAGACAGUCAUGACGACCACCACAGCCCGCACCUCAGCGACCACGGCCACCCCGCGUCCCAGCAUCAGCACCAGCACCGACCGCAGAGCCACCACGACCACUCGGACGAGGAUACGCCGACCUCGGACGACCUGGAGCAGUUCGCCAAGCAGUUCAAACAGCGGAGGAUCAAGCUGGGCUUCACGCAGGCGGACGUGGGACUCGCCCUGGGGACCCUGUACGGAAAUGUGUUUUCCCAAACCACCAUAUGCAGGUUUGAGGCCCUGCAGCUCAGCUUCAAAAACAUGUGUAAGCUGAAACCCCUGUUGAACAAGUGGUUGGAGGAGGCGGACUCCACCUCGGGGAGCCCGACCAGCCUGGACAAAAUAGCGGCGCAGGGGAGGAAAAGGAAAAAACGGACUUCGAUCGAGGUUAGCGUAAAGGGAGCUCUGGAGAGCCAUUUUUUAAAGUGCCCCAAACCGGCGGCGUCGGAAAUAAUCGGUCUCGCGGACAGUUUGCACUUGGAGAAAGAAGUGGUGAGGGUUUGGUUUUGUAACCGGAGACAGAAGGAGAAACGCAUGACCCCUCCCGGAGGAGCGCUGCCGGGGAGCGAGGAUGUGUACGGGGACACGCCGCCGCACCACGGGGUCCAGACCCCGGUCCAAUGAACUCCGCUGGACCGCUCCUCCAGGACACCGUUAUCCCUUUUAUUUAUCCCCAAGGUUAUAUAUAAAUCACUGAACUAUGACGCGCUAUAGUGGGUGUUUUAUGUAUAAUAGAUGGCAGUGAGUACUUAUCAAAAAUCUGCGGUAAAUAUCGGAAAAAUAAGUGAGGG